AUGAUGAGGCCAGUCCACCUACAUUGUGUCAAAUAUGCUGACCUGACUCCUUCAGAAGAUGAGGUGAAGAUGUCUGCAGUGACUCCUAACCCAUCACCAACAAUCAACUCUGAAGAAUUGCAACUGAGGAGAUUGAAUCUUGAACAUCAAAAGAUUGAUUUAGAACUUCAAAAAGAGAAGCACAAAGAAUUGCAGCUUCAACUUCAAUUAAAGAGGCUCUGCACUCAGAAUGACAGGGCUGCAAUGCUCACAAAUUCAUCAGUGAGUCAAAUGUCAGCAUGA